AGGAGGAGGAGGAACGGAGGGAAGUGGUGGUGGCUGCGGCGAGAGCCUGUUCAUUGAUCUCGCUCAGGUGAGAGCUGUUCACUGAUCGCUUUCUCCGCCUGGGUGCGCAGAGUCAGUAACUUGAUCUGCAACAAUGGGUGAACCUCAGCAAGUGAGUGCACUCCCUCCACCUCCAAUGCAAUAUAUUAAAGAAUAUACUGAUGAAAACAUUCGGAAAGGUGUGGCCCCCAAGCCUCCGCCACCUAUUAAAGACAGCUAUAUGAUGUUUGGAAACCAGUUCCAAUGUGAUGAUUUAAUUAUUCGACCAUUGGAAAGCCAAGGCAUUGAACGAUUGCAUCCCAUGCAGUUUGACCAUAAGAAAGAACUAAGGAAACUCAACAUGUCUAUCCUGAUCAACUUCUUGGACCUCUUGGAUAUAUUGAUUAGAAGCCCAGGCAACAUAAGGCGGGAAGAAAAACUGGAAGACUUAAAGCUGUUGUUUGUUCAUGUGCAUCAUCUCAUAAAUGAAUAUCGGCCCCAUCAAGCCAGAGAAACAUUGAGAGUCAUGAUGGAAGUGCAAAAACGCCAGCGUCUCGAAACCGCUGAGAGAUUCCAGAAGCAUUUAGAGCGAGUUAUUGAAAUGAUCCAGAACUGUCUGGCCUCUCUGCCUGAUGAUUUGCCUCACUCAGAUGGUGGGAUGAGGGUAAAAGCUGAACCCAUGGACGUUGAGGACAGCAUAAAUUGCAUUGGACAGAAUGAGCAGCAGAGAGCAAGUUCUAGCAUGAAGAAGGAUCAAAUUUUGGAAAAAGAUGCUAACAUGUGUGGCAUUAUAGAUGAAAUGACAUAAAAAAAGGAUCCUGUGAGAUUCUCUUUGUGUCACUGUAAUAAAGUUAUUGAGAGUGAAAAUGAAACUGAUGCUAAAAAGUUUGUUGGGUGUUUCUUGUAUGAUGCCUUUUGAUAGUGAUACUUAGGCAAUCAUGGAAUGCAGUCUGGAAGAGUCAAACUCUGAUGGUUUAUUUUUGUAGCUUUUCAUUGUGCACUAACUUUUGUAGACUUGGCUUUAAAGAAACAUAAAAGUUAUAGACAGCUUU